CGUGCCAAAGCUUGACAUUCUAAAACUUCGAUACAGAGAUCACCGCAGAAACAGUGGCGCAAAGACGACGCUUGUCACGUUUGGAAGCAGUCCACCAUCGCCAGUGUAUAGGUCGCUUCAUUGAUUUCCAAAAGUCCAGUAGCUGGUGCACUUCGACGGUUGAAUCACGAGUUUGCAAACGGCCGGAGCGCACCGAACUGGACGUCAUUUAGAUACAAGCAAGGAGGAAAGAAGUAUUUUGCAACACCCUCCUCUUAGAUCAGAAAGUGACCGUAGCUUCGUCGCCAUAGCAAACGCAAUGGCCUCGACGGCGUGUGCUAGAUCUCUGUGCUUCAGUCCAGCCUUGAGCGGGCUGCACCAGCAAAGUGCCGAAAAGCACUGCCGCGCCAGACAACACUUUGCAGCUGUAGAGUGCUUGUCAGGCUGCCCUUUGGGUGCUCCUAGGUUUGGUGGUCUGCGAAGUGGAAGCUGGGGAAAGAAGGUUUGCACACGGGAUAUCACAAGGGGCCCAAUGCGGAUGUCGGCAACUGUUGCGCCCGCUGAACCGGAAGAGCCAAAUGUUGAAGAGGCAGCUGUCCCUAUUGAGAAACAAGAGAAUGGACGGUAUCCGACGAUCUUGGAUAUCAACCAGAUCAAGGAGAUUCUCCCGCACAGGUACCCGUUCCUGCUAGUCGAUAAGAUCAUCGAGUAUGAACCUGGCAAAACGGCGGUUGGACUGAAGAACGUAACGGUGAACGACCAGUUUUUCAACGGCCACUUCCCGCAGCGACCAAUUAUGCCGGGAGUACUCCAAGUCGAGGCGCUGGCGCAGGUCGGGGGCAUCGUCCUUCUCUCGCCGGAGGUGGGCGGCAGCAAAGAGAACUUUUUCUUUGCGGGAGUGGACAACGUGCGCUGGCGGAAGCCGGUUGUCCCCGGGGACACGCUACUGCUGCGGGUGACGCUGACCAAGCUGCAGAAACGGUUCGGAAUCGCAAAGCUCGACGCGAAAGCGUAUGUCAACGGGGAAGUGGUGUGCGAAGGGGAGUUGAUGCUCAUGAUUGGCAAGUAGAGGGGAGUUUCAAACGGGUGAGACAGCGUGUUGAGGGGUGGGGAGGGGCGGGCAAUUCCGAACAUUCUUUGAGAGCGGCGUUUUUCAGUGAAAUGAUUUGAGGUGGAAGUGGCAGCGUGUACAGUCCGAACAAGUGUGUAGCGAUUCUUCAUUGCCUGCGGGCAUCUGACGAUGGCAUCUCGGUCCCUAAAAUCGAAAUGUAUGUGGGGGGGGCGUGCGCAUAAUAUUUCCAACAGUCCUUCAGCCUCGAUCGAACUUACCAUUGUUUGCAUGGAUCAAUACAUG